CUCUCCUUCGCUUUAAGCGGUAAAUUUCAGCUUUUCCCAACCCUUAACACACUUAUAACAAGACUUUGUAAGUAUGGGCGCUGCCCGCCGACGAUGCAUCCAUCCAUCCAUCCAUCCAUCCAUCCAUCCAUCCGCCCAUCCGUCCAUCCAUCCAUCCGUCCAUCCGUCCCUGGCCAUGCGAAUGUCGAUCGGUGCACGUUUGUGCAUUCUCGGCAAUCCGAGCUUGAUAGCCGGUGGCAGCAACUAUGCCCCCGCCGCGUGAGCUCCCUGCGGCUCCAAUGCCGACACCUACCAGCCGCAACACG